AUGUUUUUAAAAUACAUAACUACAUUGAAAGCAUUUAAGUUAAAUAAUAAGUUGACGCGAUGUUUCAGUCAAGAAAACUUUACAACAGGUUCAUCAAAAGUGAGAAGUCCAAUAAACGCUUAUUAUAAUCACUUUAAGCACUUGCCUCUACCAAACGAUAAAGUAUUUGCGACGUACGUUUGGAUUGACGGCAGUGGUAUCAACUUACGAUCUAAAGAUCGCGUUUUGGAUGAAGUUCCCUGUGACUUAAGUUCACUGCCAAGAUGGUCAUUUGACGGAAGUUCAUGCGGACUAGCCAAAGGUGAUGAUUCUGACACAAUAUUAAUACCAGCUGCGAUCUACAAAGAUCCGUUUCGUAAGAAUCCCCACAUAAUAGUUCUCUGUGAAACCUAUCUUCCUGAUGGAACUCCGACUUCUACAAACUUCAGAUCGAAUUGUGCCAAAACACUUAGCGAAAUAAAUAAUUUAGAACCAUGGUUUGGCAUUGAGCAAGAAUAUACAAUAUUUGACAGUGACUUAUGGCCAUUAGGUUGGCCGAAAGGUAGAGGUUUCGCAGUUAUAAAUCCUUUAUAUUCUUAUUGUGGGAACGGGGAACAUGUCGCAGGAAGAGAAAUUGUCGAAUGCCAUGCCAGAGCAUGCAUUUAUUCGGGUAUAAAUUAUACGGGCUCAAAUGCUGAAGUUAUGAAGAGUUCAUGGGAAUAUCAGAUUGGUCCAACCUUAGGUAUCAAAGCUGCAGAUGACCUGUGGCUUAGUCGAUAUUUGUUGAAUAGAAUAGCAGAGCAAUUUGGAUCAAUAAUUAGUUAUCACCCAAAACCGAUGGGAAAAUGCCAUCCAGGAAUAGGAUGUCACCAUAAUUUUAGUACAAAUAAAAUGCGAGAUAAAGAUGGUAUUGCUGUGAUUCAGAGCUUUUGUAAAAUUUUAUGUGAAAGGCACAAUGAAUUCAUAAAAAAUUAUGGCCUUGGGGAUGGUGAAGAAAACAAGAAACGGUUAACAGGAAAAUUUGAAACAGCUCCAUAUAAUUCAUGCACAUGGGGAGUUGCAGAUAGAGGCACUGCUAUCAAAUUAAAAAAAUCAGUAGUUAUAGAGGGCAAAGGUUUUUUAGAGGACAGAAGACCAGCGGGUGACUGCGAUCCUUACCGAGUUUCGAAAAUGCUUGCAGAAAUAUGCUUGCAGUAUAAUAAAUUACCGUGUUAAUAAUUUUGAAAACAUAAGUUCUUUUUGCAUCUUACACUUUUAAAUACUGACUUGUAAAGAGUUCUAAACUUAAGA